AUGUAAUAAGUGGAAAGAUCAUGGAAUAUGUUAAAACCUUCAGCGAGAGCUUAAGUAUCAUUGAACCCAAUAAGAAAUUGGGUUGAACAAGUAGUGCCUGAGGUAGAAAAAACAGGAAAAUCAGAAGGACGACCAGAAUAAAAGAUUGUUUUUCUUCUUGGUGAUCCUACAGCUUAUCCAAAAUUUUAAACUCCAAAUGAAUACAAGGAGAUAGUAGCAAAUUCUGUUGGAAAAAUAGAUGGAUAUACUGAUUUUUUUGGUGACUUCAAUGUGAGAACUCAGUUGGCAGAGGUGUUAUCAUCACAUCAUAGAAAAUUAGAGGCAGAUGACAUUAUACUUGCUAGUGGCGGCAGUGGAGCUCUCUUUUACGCUACAUUGGCUUUAGCAAAACCUGGAGACAAGAUCUUAAUGCCCAGACCAACAUUUCCAUUGGUAAAGGCUUUUGCUGAUUUCUAUGGCAUUUAAGUUGUGUUUUAUGAUUUAAAUCCAGGAACUUGGUAAGUAAAUAUUGUAGAAUUGGAAUACAUCUAUGAGUAGAAUCCAGAUAUCAAAUUUAUUUUAGUUAAUUCUCCAAGUAAUCCUAUGGGAAGUGAAUUAAGUCCAAUAGCAUUGACAGAAAUUGUUAACUUUUGUGAAAGACAUAAUAAUCUUCCAAUAGUGAGUGAUGAAAUCUAUGAAAAUAUGAUUUUUGAGAAGAGAGAGUUUAAAUUUAUUUCUGAUUAUUCUAAAACUGUUCCUGUUUUGAGAUGUUCUGGUUUGACUAAAAAAUGUCUCGUCCCAGGAUGGAGAUUGGGUUGGUUGGCUCUCUAUGGAGAAGGUGAUACAUUUAAAGAAGUGAAAAAGGCAUUAAGAAAUAUCAGCAAUAUUUUAUUAAUGCCCAAUACAAUAUGUUAAGCAGCGCUUUGUGAAGUCUAUAAAAAGAGUUUAGACAUUAUUCCUGAAAAAAUGGAGGAACUUCAUAGCAGAUACAAGGCAUUACAUCAUGGUCUUCAUGAUGCAUUUGGAAUAAGUGUUGGAGAAACUAAGGGGGCUAUGUACUCAACUUUGAUUAUUAAUGCAGAAGAAUUUUCAGACAUUGAUACAUCUAUUGAUUUUGCCAAGAAACUUUAAUAGGAGUAGAAUGUUCUAGUGUUUCCAGGAGAGUUGUUCUAUGGCGAAAAGUUUGUGAGAUUGGUUAUUUGUUGUGAUCUAGAGAUAAUUGAAGAGAGCAUGCAAAAUAGAAUCGUAAAUUCGCUUCAUAUAGAUCAUAAGGAAAGUGUGAAUAUAUCUAUUGGUAAUCGUAUUAAAAAUAUAUGUUAAACAUAUUUUUCCACCCUUUUUUGA